CGUGGCUGUACGUGCUGUUUUUGAAUGGUAGCCACGACAUAAACAGACGUUGCGCCUUUUAUCUUGAUUUUCAGGUUCUUUCUCUUAGUAAAUCAAUUUCAGAUGGAGUUGGAAGGUGGUACAUACGAGCCGGGAUUUGUUGGAAUACGGUUUUGUCAAGAAUGUAAUAACAUGUUGUACCCUAAGGAAGACAAAGAGAACCGCAUCUUGCUGUAUGCGUGUAGAAACUGUGACUAUCAGCAGGAGGCUGACAACAGCUGCAUCUAUGUCAACAAGAUCACCCACGAGGUUGAUGAACUGACACAAAUCAUUGCUGAUGUAGCUCAGGAUCCAACUCUGCCGAGAACAGAGGAUCAUCCCUGUCCAAAAUGCGGUCACAAGGAGGCAGUGUUCUUCCAGUCUCACAGUAUGAAGGCUGAGGAUGCUAUGCGUUUGUAUUAUGUCUGCACGGCCCCUCACUGUGGACACCGGUGGACAGAGUAGCGCCUGUAUAAUCAUGAAGAGGUCCAUCAUUUGCAUCUAAUAGCAGGGUUCCUACUUGGAACCGUCUCAUGGUGAUAUAUAUAUCUAUAUAUAUAGACAACACUUUCUGGAUAGACUGUUUGGCAGUGAUGAGUUUCAAUUAUUUUGUUAGUUUUGUAGAACCUGUUUUUAAGGUUUGUCUGUAAUUAAACUUUUUAUUUAAAAAAAUGUAAAAGUUCAGCUUGUUUUACUUCUUCACACAGCUCUCUUUGCGCAUUUGUUUAAAUUUAAGACAUUUUAUUUAAAAUACUGAACCAUGAGGUAUAGAUUUGCUUCUGUUCUGAAUUUAAACUGUUUUUAUGAGAAGAAGAACAUGGAAGAUGUUCUUUAAUCCACAAAGGGUUGCAAUUGCAUAUAUACAACAAUGGGGAAAAUGGUGUGUGAAUUUAUACAAUGUUUUUUUUUAAGCCAUCAACAAACUUCUGGCAUAAUCCUGCCUGAAUAUUUGAAUUAUUUUAUUAUUAAUGCUCAUUUAAAUUGGUUUGUAUAAUCCAAAAGAUUUUUGUGU